AUGGGUUUGCUUGCUCUGAACCAGAAUUUGCUUUGCGGAAAUGCAGGUGCCACUUGCAAGCGCGAGGCAUUGACUUUGGUAGGCGAAGAGGUGCAUUUGAAGGAAAUUUGGUUGAAAUUGCGUGGUAUGUGCGAUGACAAAUUCGCCAGGCUAUCGCUGAACGAUGAAGCAAAGCCUAACGGUGCUGUAGCGUCAUCUGCUAGCGGCCAAGGCGUCCAUAGUGUCGAUGUCACGGAAAAGCAACAAGCAAAUACCACAUGCGCCUGCAGCCCACCAAACACAAGCAGCGCCAGCACGAGGAAAGUGCGCGAGAGGAUUGCCCGAGGGCACCGCAUUUUCAAAAACAUGCAGCUGGCGCUCAGUGAAUGUGCCCAGGUUGAACGGAACUCCGUCUCGGAGCGAAGAGUGAGGACGCCACGAGUAGCACCAGCGGACCGGCUACGUUCCGAUUCCGUGCCAAAACCAGCUUCUUACGUGGUCACCAGCGUGGACGAACUCGUUGAAUUGCUCUUCAUGAAAGGCAUUGAUCAGAAGCACAUAUUGAGCAGUGAUAAUGUGACGCUCAGUGACGAGGACUGGAGCCAGUUUGCUUGCCAUGUCGUCGAUGCUGCAAUGAAAGGGAACAGAGAGUUAGCUGUCGAUAUUGCGGUCAUCGCUGUUGGUCACGAAAGCUUUCAAUCAACGUUCGCGGAAAGGAUCAAAGAGAUGAUGUCGAAUUAUGUGCUCUCGGAAAGGAAAGCAGAGGAAGGGAUCGUUGAGCUGAUUGCUCUCUUGCUCAUCACCAAAUGGCCUCGAGAACAUGCUCGAUGUGGUUUAGAAUCCAACGCAAUUCUGUUUUCGAUUAUUUCCUCAAUCAAAGGAUGGCUAAUGGCGGUCAUUGGCGAGGUAGACCAGUUAACAUUGUGUUACUUUCAAGAUUUUUUUUUUGCUCUUAUUUUUUGUCUAAGAUUGUCGUUUUUUUCCUUCCCCUUGUCCCGUGCCAUAACAGUUAUGUACGGCUACGAAGCAUCGUCCCUGAGAAAGGCAGUACUGGUUGCUUGUAUUUGGGAUUACCUCUCGUUAAUAGUAUGGUUUUUCACCUAUGCAGUAGAAACUUUUUCAUUUGCCUAA